AUGGAGCUCCGCCUCCGCCUCCACCUCCACCCGCACGCGCGGCCCCCUUCCGCCCCGACGCCGCCUCCAUGCCCCGCGGCCGUGCUGCUUCCCGCGUCCCGCCGCGGCCGCCGCCUGCGGAUUGGUGGGAGCUGCGGGGUUGCUCCGCGGCGGAGCACGAGGCGUUCGCAUUCAGCCAUCUGCGCUGCUGAACCGGGCGGCGCGCAGGGCGGGGAGGCUGUCAAGGAGAGGAGCGUCUCGGUGGUCCUCUUGUCCGGAGGGCAAGGAAAGAGAAUGGGGGCCAAUAUGCCUAAGCAGUAUCUACCAUUACUGGGAGUACCAAUUGCACUGCACAGUUUAAAGACAUUCUGUGGAAUGAAGGAAGUGAAAGAAGUCGUGGUGGUGUGUGAUCCAUCCUACAAAAAUUUAUUUGAAGGUUCUGUUGAAAACUUGCAAAUACCUAUUAAAUUUACAACCCCGGGAAAAGAGAGACAAGACUCUGUUUUUAAUGGACUUCAGGAAAUUGAUGGAGAUUCAGAACUUGUUUGUGUCCAUGAUUCUGCAAGACCCUUGGUAUCCUCUGAAGAUGUAAAAAAGGUCUUAGAAGAUGCUGCGGUGCAUGGAGCAGCUGUUCUUGGUGUGCCUGUCAAAGCUACUAUAAAGGAGGCCAACAGCGAUUCUUUCGUCGUAAAAACCCUCGAUAGGAAAACCCUCUGGGAGAUGCAAACUCCACAGGUGAUGAAGCCUAAUUUGCUCAAAGAUGGUUUCGAGCUUGUUAAGAGGGAUGGCCUUGAGGUCACUGAUGAUGUUUCCAUCGUAGAAUGCUUGAAACAUCCUGUUUAUAUCACUGAGGGCUCUUAUACAAACAUCAAGGUGACUACUCCUGAUGACAUGCUCUUAGCUGAGCGUUUGAUGAACGAUAAAUAG